UUUAGAUAUAAAGAAAAAAAACGCGUUGAACACAGACGCGCCUCAUUUACAUGUAUAUAUAAUUAGAAGAGACAAUUACACAGUAUCUGUGAUCGUUCAGAGCUUUUAUUAAUCGAUCAAAAAUGAAUAUAAAAAAUUCACGCGACACAAGAACUGACUGAUUUAAUGUACAAAAGUUCAUUUAACAAUUUUCAUUUAUACAAGUCGACAAUUUCAUUCAAGUCCUGUGGUACCAUAUUGUUACGUUCCGAGGUUACGCAAGGCUUGUUUGAGGUAAACGAUACCCGGAGUAAUUCCUCGUGUGAUGAUCUUUAUUGCCGCCCCUUCGUCUUUUUACAUUCACUCCUUGACUCAUCGUUCGUCAUUAAUUGGCAUGAAGAAUAUUUUCGUUCGAUCGGUGUGUGUGCUUCUUGUUCCAGCAAAAUAUGAUUUGGAUACUUUCGAUUGUUAGGUAGAAAAUGACCUCAAUUAAUAGCGAUGCCAACUUCAAGGAAGAAACAAAGUUCAAAGUCGCCGAAGAAUUUGACACGUAUACUCUGCUCGACGAGGACGAUGAAAAUGAGAAUUUCGAUAUGGUGCUCUUGAGCGUGCCUCCAGGAUGGCCUCACAAUAAAGCGAGACUUAUCUGUAAGGCUUGUCUUGAGCUCAUGGACGAAACGAUAAAUGAUCUCGAGGCCAACCAGUUGACGCCUACUCAUGUUGUAGACAAUGAUAAAGUUAACGAAAUAGUAAACAUGCAACCAGAAUACGACGAAACGAUAGACGAAAGGCUGCCAGAGACGGUGACGUUGCUCAAAACACCAGAUGGAGGGAAAUUGUACUUGAUAGGCACGGCACAUUUUAGUGUCGAAAGCCAGAAUGACGUUGCAACGAUCAUUCGAGCUGUACAGCCUCACGUAGUCGCGGUCGAACUGUGUAGACACAGAGUGCAAAUCAUGCAGUUUAACGAGGAAGCUCUCUAUGAGAAUGCGGCGAAUUUCGAUUUUCAUACUGUAGUAGAUAUGCUGAGAGAAUUCGGGUUGUACAAGGGACUCAUGCAUAUUGUGUUGAGCCGAAAGGUAGCCGAUAUCGUGAAGCAAUUAGGAAUGCCACCGGGUGGCGAGUUCCGCACCGCGUUUGAAGAGGCGAAAAAGGUUCCCAAUUGUAUGAUUCAUUUGGCGGAUCGUUCGAUCGACAUAACUUUCCAACGUACGUUGUGUCAACUGACUUGGUGGGAAAUUAUAAAACUCCUGUGGAUGGUAGUACGACUGGACGCUCGUAUCAGUAAGGAGGACGUGGAGAGGUUCAAAGGGAAACAUCUGAUAGCCGAAAUGGUCACGAAGUUGAAGGAAGAAUUCCCGUCUAUAGAAAGAACGUUUAUCAGGGAAAGAGAUGUGUACCUAGCGUACUCUCUUCAAGUGUCCACGCAACGGGCUAUACUAAAACCAGACGUCACUGAACCGUUGAGAAUCGUCGCAGUCGUUGGUAUAGGGCACGUUACUGGGAUCACGGAACUUUGGGGAAACGUGAAGACCGAUGACAUAAGGCCUAUCAUGCGAGUGCCUCCUCAAGCGUGGUCGACCAAGAUAUUGAAAUAUACGAUUAAAGCUUCGUUGCUGGGAGUGAUUCUUUACAUGGGAUAUAGAUUCAUACCGUUGCCUAAAAGCAGCGCGUUGCAAACGAUGAGAUCGUCGAUCGUGGGUCUGUUGGACGUCAGUGGUCGAAAUUAAACUAGAACAGCUAAGAGGA